GGGAAGCUAGAAGAAAGCAGAUGGAACUUCUCUUUCCAACGACACCCAAUCCCAAUACAUCCAUGCUUUCCAAAUCCAAUAAUGGCAAAUGUGAUUCUCUGUCCCAUCAACUUGAGACUGUUACUCCUGACCAGGCAACCUCCCUUCCUGUUACUUCUGACCAGUCUACCACUGUACCUGUUACUCCUGACCAGUCAACCUCCCUUCCUGUUACUUCUGAUCAGUCCACCACUGUACCUGUUACUGCUGACCAGUCAACCUCCCUUCCUGUUACUUCUGACCAGUCUACCACUGAACCUGUUACUGCUGACCAGUCAACCUGUCUUCCUGUUACUUCUGACCAGUCUACCACUGAACCUGUUACUGCUGACCAGCCUACCUCUCUUCCUGUUUUUUCUGACCAGUCUACCUCUCUAUCUGUCAAUUCUGACCAGCCUUCCUCUCUUCCCGUCACUUCUGUCCAGCCUACUUCUCUUCCUGUUACUUCUGGUUUAACCUCUUCUCUUCCUGUUACUUCUGGCCUGCCUACUUCUCUUCCUGUUAUGUCUGGCCUGCCUACUUCUCUUCCUGUUAUGUCUGGCCUGUCUACUUCUCUUCCUGUUACAUCUGGCUUGCCUUCCUCAAUUCCUGUAUUUUCUGACCAGCCUACCACUCCUCCUGUUACUUGUAGCCUGCCUACUUCUCUUUCUGUCACUUCUGAGCAGCCUACUCUUCCAGUUACUUCUGGCUUGCCUUCCUCUUAUCCUGUGACUUCUAAUUUUUUGGACCUUUUGAACUCUCAAGAACCUCAAGAUUUGAACAUUUCCCAAUUUAUCCAACCCAAUCCUGUGUCUCCACCUUCUGUUCCUAAUCAGUCAAUGUAUACACAAUCCAAUCCAACAGUCCAACAGCUGGUACAACACAUGAUGGAUUCGCAAAAGGCACAGCAACAACUACAAAACCACCAGUGUAGAGUUUGGGAGAUAUUGACCCUCAAUCAUCAGACAACUCACAGCCAACAGUUAAAAGUGUGGGAAUCUAUAACCCUUAAGCACAAUGAACAAUUGCAAUGUAAGUAAUCUAUGUUUUGAAUGAAUACUUAGGAAAUAGUUCUGAAUACUCUAUGCCUGAAUAAAGGAGAGAUACAGAUAUUUCCUAAGCGAAUCACAAACCUAUAUUAACAGACUCCACACUAUUUUCCCUAAAAUAUAGCAAUAAUCGUGAAUGAUUUUAGUUCAAUAGUUAUUUCAUACUUAAUAUGCA